GCUUUCCAGGAAGGGCUAGGGACAGACGCUAAAAUCGAGAAGGAAGGGUUUCUUCUUCUCUCUCUCCACGACGCGUACCUUUGGGUAUAUAAAGGACUCACCAUCCAGGCCCCGUAUCAUUCACUCCACGCUGAGCUACAAGCAAGACAACAUGAAGGGGUUACAGGUGUUGUUCGUCUGCUGUUUGGCGGCUUCUGCCUCCGCUCAGAACAACCAAGGAAAUCAAGGUAACACUCGAUUUCUUGGUGGACUUUUGGGAGGCCUUGGGGGCGGUCUGAACAACGCCCUUGGAGGUGCCUUUGGAGGCGGAUUUAACCCAGGUUUCGGCGGUGGCGUCAACCCUGGUUUUGGUGGUGGAUUCGGUCACGGAGGCUUCGGAGGAGGUGGAUUCGGUGGCGUCUCACAAACCUGCAGACGUUGGUGCCGAACUCCCGAGGGACAGGCAUACUGCUGCGAGAGCAACAAUGAGCCCGACACCCUUCCCUUCGUGAAGCCGGGUAUAUGCCCACCCGUGCGACCUCAGUGCCCACCCGUCAGGAACUUUGCCCCUCCACAGACAUGCUCCAACGACAGCAAGUGCGGAGGCAUUGACAAGUGCUGCUACGACAGAUGUCUCGAGGAGCACGUGUGCAAACCUCCAGUUGGGUCUGGUGGCGGCUUCGGAUUCGGCCGUUAAUUCCCGCUUUAUUUCUCCUUGACAAAAUACUCUCGAAUGAACUUGGUUUCGUAGUUUAGUCGAAGUUAGUAAAUUAUGCCAAAGGAUGUUUUUUUUACUCGUUGUUUUGUUGGAGUGAGUGACCAUGAUAUUGGUGAAUAAAUGUUAUUAAAUAGUC